AUGGCCAACGCCGCUGAAAAAAUCUCGGUCUAUAAUCUUGCUGACCUCAAGAACACAUCCGACGAUGCUAUCCCCAACUACCUAAACUCUCUCAAGUUCCGCCAGUCUCAUACCCUCACCGAUGUUCGCCUUGCGCUCGGAUACACUGCUUUCAGUGUUGCAGCUGCUUGUUUCCUCUGGGACUACAAGCUAGGUUUUGAGAGCACGAAAUACUACACAGCUGCUGCCGUUACGCUCUACACCUUGAUCAAUGGCGCCUUGACACUAUGGAUUAUGUUCCGUGAAAAGGGUGUUGUGUACGAGGGAACUUCACCAUCUGGAGAAAAGAUCUCCAUCAGCAGUUCUACAAAGAAGAACGUCCCCAUCUACAACCUCACCAUUACCGUCACUGAUGAUAACUCGAAAUCCACCGUUCACAAAAUCUCCAAGCCUUUCAGCGGCUGGUUCGACCAAACUGGCCAAUUUGUUGCUGUUCCCUUCCAGGAGCUCCUCGCCAACUCAGUACCUUUGAUCGGCAAGCGAGACCCCAAGCGUGUUACCGUCUCUAAGGAGUUGUUGGAUGCCAGCCCCGAUGUUCUCGAUGCUAUUCUGGCUGCGAACGCCACUGGUGCCGAGGCCGCAUCCACACCAGAGGUAACUGAGAAGAAGGGUGGCAAGCGACGCAAGGCGUAA